GGGAAAUCAAAUCGGCUCACACUGUUUCGUAAAGAGGUCAUUGGACACACUGUACUAAACUUUUUCUAGCGGCUACUUCAGUCAUUUUCUCUGCAUGGCUUCCAAUUGCACUUCUACUGGGGAUGUUCACCCCAAUAAAUUGAUAGUUAAAGUAUGGGAAACUUUCGCAAAUGCUGCAUCUAGUCUUUGCCAGUUAUACAAGGGGAAAAUAGAUCGUUGUACUGAUAUUCAGAGCUUAAGGGAAACACUAUCGUCAGUGGAAAGGUUUUACCAAGCUUCUCAAAAGUCUUUAGAAACCUCACUGAGCUAUGGAAAAAGUGUCGGAUCAAAAUAUCUACGCCUUCAUUUGCGAGAUUUGGCCUACAGAAAUGUCCAAACUGCUGUAGCACACAAUGGAUUGGAGGUUUACGUACCUCUAGAGUCACUUUUAAUUAGAAACCAAGAAAGAUACAAUGGUGCAAGCAAUCUACCAAGAAAGCGUCCGAAUCACUGUGGUUAUUGUCCGCGUAGAUCGAAGCGCAUCGCCCUACAUCAUUGUGAUCAUCGGCGUUCGCAGUGCAGACGCUCCAAGAAAAAAGCAUCACCAUUUCCAGUUAGCAGUACAAUCUCAACGGAUAAAUGCUUAUGUAAUGUGGUUGAAGAUCUGAGUGGCAACGAUACAGUGGGACACGGAGACAUAAUAGGUUCUAUCAAUUGUAAUUCAGAAGCCUUCAGUCCUACUAUGGGCUCGCUUCCCAAUCAUCCUACUGUUUCAAAAUUAGUUCUUGAUGGGUUGAGUCAAGGGAGAAAACGUCGUCGUCUAUUUCCACCUAGUUAUCAAACAGGCAGUUGUAACCACAAUGGAGACAAUUACAACGAAUCGAUUGAUCAUGAUCCGUUCGAUGACUUCCAAGAUGCUGUACAAGUUAUAAAUCUUCUUGAUCCGUUAUCCAGAUUUUCAGUAAAUAGUAAUAGCUCAGGAAGCUUAAAAAGUCAAUGUAAACGUCAAAGAAUUGGAACUCCCACCUCCCCCCAGAACUGACUCGAACAGUAUCUAGUGACAGUCAGCAUGGGAUAAAAUUAGUGUACAUUAACGCUGAAUAAACUGCCUGUAUAGUUGCUCUUCAUUUAGCUCUGCUGUGAUGAAUCUGUAUAUAUAUAUAUAUAUAUAUAUAUAUAUAUAUAAUAUAUAUUGCAUAUAUAAUAUAUAUAGCUUCUCAUAGAGUCUUAGUGUUGUGAUUCCUUUACAACUGACCACUUUCCUUAUAAGCUUUCAUACUUAUAAUGUCUGUACUUUUCCUGUUCCUUUUUCUUGUUCAAAUUGACUGUUGUGUAUUCAUUUCCUGUUAUAUUCAUCGUUUCAUAGUUGUUGUCUUUUUCUUCAGUAUAUCUACUGUGAAAUCUUUAGCACUAUUGCCUCCUUUCGCGUUUAACUUGAUUAGUAUUCUUAAUGUAUUCUUCAGCAUAGAUAUUUACUAACAUUAGGUGUUCAAUUAAUUGUCUUUCAGCCUGUGAUAACAACAAGGUAUAAAGAUAUUCAAUUUAAUUUCAUGUAUAAUAUGCUCAUUUCUAAUGACGCAAGCGCAUAAGAGAUAAAUCAUCGAACCUACGAUUUUAAGCAUUCCUCUUGUUGUUUAGCUGAUAGGUCAAAUUAAAAGCUUCUUUUUUUAAAAUUGUCUUUUAAACAAAUUCUUGUCGAAUAUAUACGAAUAAAACAAUGUAAGCGAAGAAGUGCUUCUCACUCAGGUAUUCAUUCGCCGACGGCUCUACACUAGUGUAUUGUACUUAUUUUAUUGCUUUUAAAACUAAUAGUCCAUA